AUGCCAGGCUGCCGCUUCUGGCCCUGCUCUCCUGCUGAUCCCCGCGCGCCUCCCCUGACGAUCUCCACGGACUGUCCUCCCUUCCCCAUCGCCGAGCCGGCGAGAGGUGACUCCUCACCCAUUCCCUUCUGCCGGUCUCAUACGGUUGACGCCUCGUCGGGGGUGGUCACCACUCCUUCUUUCCCCUUCUCUGCUGCCAAAGGCUUGGCGGUGAGUGUCCCGCCACGUCCUGCCUUCCUUCCCCCAUGUGGCGUCGGUUGGGCGACCGCGAAUCGCCACUGGGCCUCCCUUCCCACUGCCGUUGCUGGCACGGCGAGCGUGAUCCUCCCUUCCGUCGCCCUUCCUGCUGCCACUGCGGCUCCGGCGAGCGGUACUCCCUGCCCCACUCUCCCCCAGGUGCCCGCUGUCGAGCCGCCGAGCACCCCUCGCUCUCCUGUCCACCUCCGCGCAUCUCUCCCCCGCCAUUGUACCGCUCUGUUCUCGGCGGUGGUUCCCUCGGUGAGCGUGAGCCUCUGUCCCGCUGCCCCGCCCGCCAUCGCUGGCUUACUGUCGUGCGUGCGUGCUCGGCUUCUCCUCCCCCACGAGAUCCCCGCGGCUGCACCGCGCGGUUGGCACCUGCAGCGCGUGCCUCUUCCGUCCGCGCCUCCUCCUCUUCCUCUUCUGCUGCCGCAGCGGAGUCGGCGGUUCCCGUGGGUGCCGCGCGCUCCUCUUCCUCGUCUCCGCGCUCGUCUGGUCGCCGCCGUGCUCCUGCUCGUCGCCGUGCUCCUGCUCAUCUCCGUACUCUCGAUCGUCCUCCUCGUCCCUUGA